UAAAAUGGUUCAAUAAUGCUGCCCUUUAAUUGCAUGGCAAUUGGCCCUAGAAACCCACCACCCCGCACCUGUUCGCUUUUUACGACCGACACUGUGCGAAGUUUUGCUCCCGCAGACGAGUCUCAAUCGCCAGUUUGGAUUUGUUUUUCGCUGCGUGCAGUUCGCUUGGCAGACCGGGUCUGCUGUUUAUAUAUACACAUCCCUGACGACAUCGAGCAGUUGAAUAAGUUUUCUUGCGGCGGCUACAGUGACGAAUCCACCAUCGUCUACCUAGUGCAUCCUUGUCGGAUUCUAUCGGCGCUAGAAAUUCUGGGAUUUCGUGUGGUGGCCAGCUCGUCGACGGCCGUGAAACAGGAUUACAACGAGUAUAUGUGGACGAUGCGCAAGGAGUUCGACGAACCAGAACCUUUAGAGGCAGAGUCUGUAGUGCGAGAAAAUCUAUCGAACAUUGGCCGUGAGGCAGCCAGUUUAGGCAACUAUCACAAGGUGGAUUCACCCGAAUAGGGACCCAGUUUGGAAAGAAAAAAAAACAGCAAACAACCAACAACCCUACUCUAAUUGUAUAAUUUUGUGUGUGUGAGAGA